CUGCACCAACGGCCCCUCCUCGCCCCAGCUCUGCUCCCGGGGGCGGGGGUCUGCGAGUCCCAGAGCUGCUGCCCUCCCUGACCCCACCCCGGCUCUGCCACCCUGAGCGCCGGCAGGAGCCGAGCCAGCGCCGGGAGAGCGACCGCCCCGGGCCGGGCCAGGGACCGAGUCUCCCAGCCCGAGGGGAGGGGAGGGGGCAGGAGGGAGACAGGGGCAGAGACUGGCAGGGGCAGCAGGAGCAAUCAGCGGGGAGGGAGGUUCCCGGUUCCCAACCCUGCCCAGCCCCAAUCCCUGCAGCACCCCGGGCAGAUUGACUUCCCUGGGGAGAAGGGGAGGAGCAGGGAGAGGAAAAGCCAGUUCCUGCCCCUGCCUGGUCCCCGCGCUGCUGGGGGGAUGCGCUGCCCUGGGGACAGUGUCAGGGGGAUCCCCCAGUGCGGCUCCUUUGAUUCUGCACUUGGCUAAGAGGCUCUGUGCCUGGGAGGGGGGGUACUAAUGUCUGGGUGGGUUUGGUCCCAGUGGGAGGGGCUGCGCUGGAAUAAAGUGAGCCAGGGUUUUCCCAGCAUCUGCGGGUCUAAUUCGUCUGUCUGCAGGGAAAGGCCCUGGGGGAACCGAGGUGAGAAAUGAGCCAAAGGCCCCUCCUGAAACCUCCUUCUGCUCGCCCUUCCUGGCUUCAGGAUAACACUCUGGAUCAUGCCCUGCUCCUGCAGGUUGGGCCGUGGGAUUGAGGAUGGCCCAUCCAGGAGGCUGGGGGAGCAGCGGGCAGGCGGGGGGAAGGGGGUAAAGCUGGCAAUGAUGGACCUGUCUAGCAUGGCGCUGACAUUCCAAGGAGAGGGGUACCAGCUGCCCCCACCCCAGUGGCCUGUCAUGGCAGUAGCCAAGGCUCCAAGGGCUUCACACUCCACAGUGGGGAAAGGUGUCUGGGAACCCCUCAUCCCAGACAAACGAAGAAUGCUAGCUACAGCAACACCUUCCUCGUGGGUGAUGGAUAUGCCCCGGAGUUAAAGGGGAGGGCUGGGCAGGAGAGGAGGAGGGUGAGAAUGCUAAUAGCAUGAGCUCGCCUAUCACUAUUUCCAUCCACAGAUCUCCAGGUGCUUUACAAAGGAGCCCAGGGUCAUUCUCCCCCCUUUACAGAAUGGGGAAACUGAGGCAUGAAGUGGCGACAUGGCUGGGCUGUGGGCACCAGCGGCAGAGCUGGGGCUAGAAUGCCAUCCCCUGGGUCGUGCUAUCUGUUAGGUAGUGCCGGAAGGUGGGGCAGUGGGGCCAAUGGAUAAACUGUGGGGGGUGGGGGGACAGCAGCUUCUGAGUGAGGGUCUCUGGCUGUUCCAGGGGCUGGCGGUCAGCGAGAAGGUGGCUGUGCAUUCCACCAUGGAGCCAUGCGUCCUGCUGGAUCCUCACCAAAAAGCCCUGUACAGGGACGUCAUGCAAGAAAGCUACGAUACCCUGAUGUCACUGGAAUUCCCCUUGCUGAAAGCGGAGGUGAUCUCCCGGGUGGAACCGUGUCGCAGAGGCUCCAAGGAGAGGGAGAUCCCAGCUGCGUCUGGCACAGCAGGUGUUGGGACAGCGAGUGAAACCGAGGAGGAUAAUCCCUCGAAGGAAGGCCCUGAGCCAGUGGAACCACAAGAGAUGCUGCCGGGAGGAUUUUCAGGAGCCGCUUGCCAGGGACCUGCUGGGGUGAGGCUGGGAGGGGCAGGGAGGAGACAGAGCAAACCCGCCCCCCAGGAGCCCAGCCCAGAGAAACUGCAGGACAUCACGGCUCACCAGCGGACGCCCCAGGGCCAGAAGCCCUACCGGUGCCAGGACUGUGGCAAGAGCUUCAUCUGGAGCUCGCACCUGGAGCGGCAUCGGCGCGUUCACACAGGCGAGCGCCCCUACGCCUGCCCUGAGUGCGGCGAGCGCUUCACCCAGAGCUCCCACCUCCAGCAGCACCAGCUGGCCCACGGCGGCAAGCGCCCCUACAAGUGCUGUGACUGUGGCAAGCGCUUUGGUGACCCGCAAGCCCUGGCAACCCACCAGCAAGGCCACCUGGAGGACAAACCCUAUCGCUGCACCCAGUGCGGCCAAGGCUUCGACUGGAGCUCCCACCUGGAGCGUCACCAGCGCAUCCACACUGGCGAGCGGCCCUACCGGUGUGGGGAGUGCGGGGAGACCUUCGCCCAGAGCGCCCACUUCACCAAGCACCGCCGGACCCACACUGGGGAACGCCCCUACUGCUGCCCCCACUGCGGGAAAGGCUUCGGGGACAGCUCUGACCUCACGCGACACAAAUGGACCCACACAGCUGGGAGCAUCAGGCAGCGCCAACGACCCGCUCGCAUGCAGAGCCCAGCCAAGCCCAUGAAAGCUGAGCAGGAGGGGAAAUGCAGCUGCUGCAGCCAGGGCGCUGAGGAGAGCUUGGGGCCACCGCAGUGGCAGCAGGGUCCCCAGUGCCAGGACUGCAGGCUGGGCUCCAAGUCCUGGAGAGCCCACCAGGAUGGGUCGUGCGGCUGCUUCAGGGAGAGCUCAGAACUGCUCCAGGGUUCAGAGGCCCCAGGACCCCAGCCCGAGCGGAAAUCCCACCCCUGUGGGCACUGUGGGAAGGUCUUUGCCUGGAGCUCGCACCUAGAGCGGCACCGACGUGUCCACACCGGCGAGCGGCCCUAUGCCUGCCCCGAGUGUGGCGAGCGCUUCGCCCAGAGCGCCCACCUCACUAAGCAUCGCCGGACCCACACCGGCGAGCGGCCCUACGCCUGCCCCCACUGCGGGAAGGGCUUCGUCGAGAGCUCUGACCUGAUGCGGCACCGGCGCACCCACACCGGGGAGAAGCCCUACAGGUGCGGGCAGUGCGGGAAAGGCUUCAGCAUCCGCCCAGCCCUCGCCAAGCAUCACAGGGAGCACGCAGUGGGCACACCAUGAGCAGCUGCCACCGAGAGCCUGCCCCAGGCUGCCCCCGUCCCCUCCUCAGGGAGAGGAGAGGAGAACCCGGCACUUCCACUUCACAUCUCCCGCUUGGGAGAAGGCCCCCGGGAUGGCCCGAGGGCCUCUAAACCGAGACCCCCCCAGGACGGCCCGACGGCCUCACUACCUCUGAAAACCCCAUGCUGGAAAGCACACUUCCAGCUUUAGUACCGAUGUGUCCUAAAAGUGACUCUUCAAACGUGGCCGUUUUGUCACCCUAGAGCGCCCUGCAAUCACAGGGGCUCCGUUUCCCAGCAAUAAGAUCUUUUUUCUCACUGCCAGCUCUGGGAUGGAAGAGAAGUGCUGGGUUCUUUCCUUCUCACGCAUCGUCACCAGAAAUAAAGGGUUCACAGGGCGAAUUUUUGCUUGUGCAGCCCCUGGCACCUUCAACCUCCGCGACCCCCCAUGACAGAUUUCAUGCCCUGAGGGCCGUACAUAGGUUGACCUGCACCCCUGGUGGAGAUGCAGAUAGGUCGAUAGAAAGAUUCUUCCAUCCACCUCACUACUGCCUCUCUGAGAAGUGGAUUUACUGCAUCACUGGAAAAUCCCCUUUCGUCCAUGCAGGUAGCGUCUACACUACAGUGCUACAACAUCCCAGCUGCAGCACCGUAUAUGUGCUGCUGCCGUGGCUGUAGAGCAGACGUGGCCUGAGAAGCAGUUCUGUUGUGGUUGCCCAGGGUGGGAUGGGGCAGUUGCAGGGUAAACGGGAGAUAGAGGCAGCGAGCACUUGAGGCCCGAUUCUGCUAUGUGCACGAAGCAGGGCAGCGGGGCGGAGAAAAGGGGCCAAUCCUGCGGGAUACGUUCUUAUAUUGCAAUCACAAGGGGAAAAAUGUGCUCUCUCCACCACCAGCCUACACAGCUGGGACUCCUUUACACCAGGAUGACCGAGAGGGGAACCAGCCCCUUUAAACUUUCUUUAAAGAGCAUUGAGCGUUAAAGAGGAUGGGCCCAGCACUCGCUGGUUGAUUCUAAAAGAAAGUGGCAAAUAACCAGCCGGGGGAUCUGGCUUCAGGGGUUUCAGAGUCUGGCUGGUCCAAAUUUUAAUUUUUCAUUCCAUUCCAAGAAUGACAUUUUUUUCAUGAAAAAUCUUUCGUUCCUUUUUUUUCUUUUU